AGGAUGGGUUUUCAUCCUCAACACUUUCACCCAAGCUCAAAGUGUUUGAUAGCUAGACUGGCAGUUGACCAUCACAGGCCAAACCCAUGGAUGUAUAACUAGCUAUAGUACCAUGCGCUUCGCGUGAAAGUGGAAAAGUGACACAAACCUGAGCCCUUGUUCCCGGACGGUGUGUGAGGGUCAGGACAGUGGACAAGAUGAAACCCAUUAGGAAAUGGAUAGCUGAGGAGCAUAAGAAAGAGCUGAUCCUACUCUUCAAAGUGUCAUCUCCAAUUUUCCUUUCACAGUUGAUGACCUUUCUAAUCGGUUUUGUCAGUAUGGUGUUCUGUGGCCACCUUGGAAAUAACGAGCUGAAUGCUGUAGCAUUGGCGAUAUGGGUAAUAAACGUCACUGGUAUCAGCAUUGGGUUUGGACUGGCUUCGACCUGUGAUACUCUCAUGUCUCAGACCUUUGGUAGUGGGAAUUUCAAGCAAGUGGGAGUCAUUCUCCAAAGAGGAAUCCUCAUCCUGCUAUUGGCCUGUUUCCCCUGCUGGGCGGUUCUUAUCAACACACAGUCCAUUCUAAUUGCUGUCAGACAGAGUGUUACAAUUGCCAGAUUAUCCCAGCUGUAUGUGGAAAUCGUCAUGCCUUCUCUGCCAGCUACUUUUAUGUACCUUCUACAGGGACGAUAUCUCCAGAAUCAGGGCAUCAUGUGGCCCCAGGUGAUAACUGGGGCCAUUGUGAAUGUUGUAAAUCUACUCAUCAAUUACAUUCUCCUCAAUGUACUGGAUAUGGGUGUUGCAGGCUCAGCUGCAGCCAAUGCGAUAUCGCAGUACGCUCUGGCCGCAUUCCUGUUCAUCUACAUUAACUGCCGGGGGCUGCACCGGGCUACAUGGGCAGGUUGGUCCCCUGACUGUCUGCAGGAGUGGGGGUCCUUCAUCCAGAUCGCCAUUCCCAGCAUGUUGAUGCACUGUUUGGCCUGGUGGGUCUAUGAAGCGGGAGGCUUCCUCACGGGCCUCAUCAGCGAAGUGGAGCUAGGCGCUCAGGCUAUCGUCUACGAAAUAUCAUCUUUUGUUUAUAUGAUCCCAACGGGAGUGUCUGUGGCGGCCAGUGUGCGUGUCGGAAACGCCCUCGGUGCUGGAAAUACGGAACAGGCCAUAAUGUCUUCCAAGCUCUACGUCAUUGUCGGGGCUAUAGCGGCAUGCAUUACUGCAGUUGUACUCGGAGUCUCGAAGGACGUGAUUGGAUACAUUUUCACUACAGACCCAAAAAUUGUUCAGCGGGUUGGUGAUGUCAUGAUCUUGUAUGGCUUUGACCAUUGCGUGUGUGACGGUGUGACUGGAGGUGUAAUCCGGGGUGUAGGAAAGCAGAAGGUUGGUGCACUGUGCAAUAUGGUGGGGUACUACGUCUUUGGAUUACCAAUUGGAAUUUUGCUCAUGUUCCCAGCUGGAUUGGGUAUUGUAGGUUUGUGGUCAGGACUAUUUGUUUGCGUUGCAAUAGAGAGUGGUUUCUAUUUAGUGUAUCUGCCCAAAAUGGACUGGCAGAAAGUCACCAAAGAGGCAUUAGUGAGAGCAGGUGCACACCUAACAGAUAGAAAGGAGAAUCCUAUAAUGGAGCACAAGGAUUGUUGGCUGGAUAAGGUCUGUGAGACAGACCAGGGGAAGGCCUCUGGGGCUGCCGAUCCAGGAGCCACUCAGGUAACCCCAGAGCAGGGAGCCAGUGGAGCAGUGGUCCUCACAGUCAGGCAGCUGGCUGUACGCCGGGGCCUGGCCCUGCUGCUCAUGUCCCUCCUACUGGCUGCUGGGGUCCUGACCAACGAGAUGCUCCUCAGGUUUUUACAAUUGACCUGAAUGACAGAACUGCUCAUCGCUCCUGGUCGACCACAGAAAUGCUGUGGUCAGAAAUAAACUCCCGUUCCCUUUUUUGGGCAGAAAGUUAGACUCUGAUACCUACAUUAAAUGCAGUACCCUCAUACUUUGUGUAAUAUAUUGCCAUCCAUACUACAAACAACCUAACAUCACAUUCAUAUUAUUGGUGUGUUUGCUCGAACCGCAAUGUUUUUAAUUGUGCCUUAUUAUUCCAACUCCUUCUUCUGCUUGACGUUCUCCAUUAUUCGGAAAUGUUUUAGAGGUAUCAAACCCAACAAAUGCCAAAAUGUUGGGAAUUUUGCCUCUAUGUCUCUUGCUGAUUUAGCUUUUUUGCUGAAUAAAUAUUUCCCAUAGGGAUACAUUGAAAAGAUAAAAGUCUGCAGAUGGGUGUAGGGCGAAUAUAAUGCCCGGUUCCCUAAAGCCUUUACAAUGACCUUACCCAAACCAACAAGAACGGCCUAGCAAUGCAGCAAUGCACCAGUAUAUUAGCUUUAGCAUUUUAGCAAAAGUGUUGUGCAUGAACCAGUAAGGGCUGGCAGCCAGGUAUCAAAUAGAGAGAAUCCGGUACCUUCUAGUCAUAGUAUGUCAUUUGUAGAGAGAGAGAACGUCUCACACAUUAACACAAAGGUCAUAGGUCAGGUAAAUCACCACAAAGGUAAAUGUGUCACUCGAAACGUGCCUGAGCAAGACAAAGGAGCUGUGUCCUCACAUCGUCCAGAGAAUAAUGUUCAUGUUAUGAGACAGGAUGUAACCAGCUUCCACAACUUUAUACAUAUCCUUAUGACUUCAGCUGAUGAUCUCCGUAACACCACAGAGAUUUAUUGCAAAUAACAUGAAUCAACAAAACAUUUAAACAUAAAUAGUAAACAAUUCAGGCAUGUUUAAUAUGUAUGCUCUCUACAUUGUAGCAUUUAUUCCAUGGGUUGGAUCUGUUAAACAGGUCCUGUCUUACACUAACACUGCUAGAUAUUAAGCUGUGUGGUUGUGUGCGUGUUUGGAUGUGUCCCAUUCCAAAUGCAAGUGUUAUGGAUGUGUAUGGAUGGUGAAUAUCACGAUGUAUACAGUAUCAACACAUUUUGGUAAAUAUGCACAAAGGUGUUGUGUGAUUUGUCUAAAUAUGGGAGACUAUAAAUGUACACUCUAAAAAGUGUUUACUGCGAAUGGUUCUUUCCAUAAAGAAAGCAGAGCAAACAAUUUAUAACUAGUCUUAUAUCCGUUGACACUGGUUUACAUAUUUCUGUGAAUGGCAUAUUUCAGAAUGGCAUAUUUCCUCAUGCGGAUUGCUCAUUAAAUGUUAGAGAACUGCA